GACAGUUUGUGUGAGUCGCAUUCUGUAGAUAACUUUUUUUAUACAUUUAUCAGACUCAACUUCUCCCCAUACCUGUCCAAAGCAACAAUUCACCUAUUCUCGUCGCAUUGCUAUCUCGCUUAGACUUCUCAAUUGGCCCAUUCACACCUCUUACUCACACAAAAUGGCGUCACAGCUGGGCGUUCAGCCUUCGCUCGACAUUGUACGAGAGGUCCUAGCCGCCUCUGCUGCGUCGCCGAAUCCUCCAAACCUCGUUCCCAUAUUCUCCUCCAUAUCCGCCGACUUCCUGACCCCAUCAUCGAUAUACCUGAAGGUCGCCGCAAAGUCAAAAUCAAAACUGUCCUUCCUUUUCGAGAGCGCAGCCACCACAGAGACCAUCGGACGAUAUAGUUUCGUCGGCGCGGACCCCCGCAAAGUCACCAAGACCGGCCCCGGCCAUGGCGAAGAGAAGGACCCAUUGCCAGCGCUCGAGAAGGAGCUUGCGAAGAGCCGCGUUGCCACAAUACCCUCGAUCAGUUUUCCUCCGUUGAUGGGCGGUGCCGUUGGAUAUGUGGGAUACGACUGUGUGAAGUACUUUGAGCCGAAGACAAGGAGAGAUGAUAUGAAGGAUGUGCUUGAGGUGCCGGAGAGUCUGUUCAUGCUUUACGACACCGUCGUGGCGUUUGAUCACUUCUUCCAGGUCGUUAAGGUCGUCACAUAUAUCAAGGUUCCGGAGAACUUGGACGACCUGGAAGCCGCCUACAACGAAGCCACAGCCACCCUGAAGCGCUACGUUUCGAUUCUCAAAGGAAAGGACAUUCCCAUACCGGAGCAAGGUCCCAUCAAGACAGGCCAGGAAUACAAGUCGAACAUCGGACGCGAAGGCUACGAAGGCCACGUGCACAAGCUGAAAGAGCACAUCGACGUCGGCGACAUCAUCCAAGCAGUCCCCUCGCAGCGAUUCGCCCGACCAACCUCGUUACAUCCCUUCAACGUCUACCGACAUCUACGAAACGUGAAUCCCUCCCCCUACCUCUUCUACCUCGAUUGCGAGGACUUUCAGAUUGUCGGCGCAAGCCCGGAACUGCUCGUCAAGGAGGAAGCUGGAAGGAUCAUCACGCAUCCUAUCGCAGGCACAGUGAAGCGAGGCAAGACGACCGCAGAGGACGAGGCGCUCGCGUCGGAACUGCUCAACUCGAUUAAGGACCGCGCCGAACACGUCAUGCUCGUCGAUCUCGCCCGCAACGACAUCAACCGCGUCUGCGACCCGCUAUCCACAAGAGUCGACCGCCUGAUGGUCGUCCAAAAAUUCUCCCACGUCCAACACCUCGUCUCCGAAGUCUCCGGCGUGCUCCGCCCAGGGAAAACCCGCUUCGACGCCUUCCGGUCCAUCUUCCCCGCAGGCACCGUGUCCGGCGCGCCCAAGGUCCGCGCCAUGGAGCUCAUCGCCGAGCUGGAGCGCGAGAAGCGCGGCGUGUAUGCCGGUGCUGUGGGUUACUUCGGCUACAACGCGGUCGACGGCGAGAGGGAGAUCGAGGGCGCGAUGGAUACAUGCAUCGCCCUCCGAACAAUGGUCGUAAAAGACGGCGUCGCGUACCUACAAGCCGGCGGCGGCAUAGUAUUCGAUUCAGACCCCUACGACGAGUGGAUGGAAACCAUCAACAAACUAGGAGCGAAUAUGCACUGCAUAACGUCCGCCGAGGAGAAGCACCUUGCGGAGCAGGAGCAGGGGGAGCAUGCGGAGGAGUGAGUUGUGUGAUUGUGAGGUGGAGAGGUGGAGGUGGGUGGGUGUCCCUUGCGUCUGCGUGUGGGUUGCUAUGGAAGGACGACUAUGGGACCAUGGAAACGACGUCUGUGCGUGGAGGUGAAGUGAGGGAUGAGAUGGGAUGGGGGGAUUAUCGUCGCAUGUCAUGGCUGGAUGUUGUAUCGUGGCUCAUGGACGCCAGCUAGAUAGAUGGGAGGUUGCUAGCGAUAAUGAGUAGAGACGUUGUUGCACCGCAUCGCAGGACCAAAAAUCAAAUUUUC